AUGUCUACUUUCAAAGGCAUUGUAGCAGAAUUUCACCAGAUCCGAAUAGAUUAUUUCCGUCAACAACCCGAGCACAAGGCGCCUCUGGCGUGCUUCUUGAGUCAUGUACACUCUGAUCAUUUGGCCGGCCUCGAGUCGUUACGCGCUCCGUUCGUGUACUGUUCAGCUGCGACUAAGGAGAUACUUUUGCGACUAGAAAAGUACCAUUAUCGCGUCAACUUCUCUAAAGGCAUCCUUGAGAGUCGCAAUGUCACUUACGACAGAAGCAUGCGCAGGUUGGCUAAAGCGAUUCCUCUUGACACACCAACCGUGAUUGAAUUAGCACCGGGAAACAGCAUCAGGGUCACUCUGGUUGACGCGAACCACUGCGUUGGCGCGGUCAUGUUCCUGAUCGAGGGCAAUGGCAAAGCAAUACUCUAUACCGGUGACUUCCGUGCGGAGGAAUGGUGGGUUAACUCAAUAGUCCAGAACCCAGUACUUUUACCAUAUUCACUCGGAAAUCGAAAUUUAGAUUGCAUGUAUCUGGACACAACUUUCGCUACGAAGAAGGAGCCUUAUCGUCAAUUCCCGAGUAAAGCACAAGGCCUACAAGAGCUGCUCGGCAAAGUGACUGAGUAUCCAGAUGAUACGAUCUUCCACUUCCAUUCUUGGACUUUUGGCUACGAGAACGUCUGGAUAGCGCUUUCCGCAUUUCUGCACUCUCGCAUCCAUCUUGACGAAUAUCGAGCGCGCAUAUACGGUUCUUUGUCCACGUUGGAUAAGCGACAACUGCGAGAAGCGGGGCUCGACGUCCCAGCAAGUAACAAGUUGCUCCAAGAAUCUGGACUGGAGAUCCGCGAGGCACCUGCUUUAUGCGGCUUCAAAAAUGGCAAUCACAUUCAGCCGGGUUGUCUGACAUCCCAGGAAGAUGUUCGCAUCCACAGCUGCGAGCGUGGUAUAGGCUGUUCAGUUUUGGACCGAGACAGGAACGCGAAGAUUGUACACAUUAUUCCGAUAGUCACGCGCGCCAAUGGGGUAGAAAUCGCUGAACUAGGCGCGGGAUUGCUUUCAAAGGCACUCGCACUACUCCACCAGACUCUUCUCACAAAUGGCAAGCUCGACCUUGGUAUGCAGCUGCAAAAGAAAGUUCAAGACACGCAAGACAACGUGUCUCUGACGACUCUCGUCUCUGUACUGUCGUCCAAUGCUUCGAAAGGCUCUGAAAUCGAAUUACCAUCUAACAGGACAAUUCGAUUUCCGUACAGUCGCCAUUCUUCAUACUCUGAGCUUCGCAGUUUUGUCAGGGCUCUCGGUCCCAGGGAUGUCUUUCCAUGCACCGUCGACGAUAUCCACUGGACACCCGACCUCAGCAUGCGAAACCUAUUCGGUGAUCUGUGCUCGGGUAAUAUCUUCCGCCAUGACGCCGUAAUGACGGAGAUGUUUGAAACCAGAGUGGCUUUCGAAGGCCGACAAAAGCGAAGCAGAGAAGAGAGCCCAACCGAUACUCAGAUGACUGAAGACAAAACGGUAGGCCCCAUCAUAACCCAGUGGGAUGAUGAGGGGCCUAUUACACCCCAUGCCUCGAAUGAUUCCGCUUCAGGUCCGCCAACUAACGUAGCAAGCGUCCAGGUCUCGAAGAUUAUACAUACACCAGAAACACCUUUGGAGCGCAGUCUUCGUCGUCAAGUGGCUGCUCAAGGUCCAGAAGAUCAGACUAUCUAUUUCCCUUCGGCAACCGAACAAAAGACCGCGGCUUCCAACCCUCCCUCCAGGAUAGAUGCACCGGCAUAUGCCUUCCACAAAAGGCAACGGAGGACAAAUCGACAACUUGCCUAUGACGCAGCGAUUGGAGACAACGGUCUUUCUUGGAGCGAUUAUGGCGGCUUAGUAUCAACUAGAAGCAAGGCCAUCCAAGACGAGCAAGAGCUCUAA